CGCAGACUUGUCUCCAGGAUUUUCGUUUUCACAACUUUUGUCUCCUUCACGUUUCCGUUUUAGAGCUUUCAACCGCUCUCUGCGUUUUAGAGCUUCGUCUUCUAAGUGACCUAUAUUUUUUUCGCCUGCCAUGAAAAAUUAUAAUUUUCUUUGCAAUAUUUGUUUUGAUUUUUAUUUAUGACAUUAGUAAAGUAAGGUUAGGUUAAUCAGUAGCGUUUCUGCACAGUGUUGCCACAACGUUGGGGUUAAAUCACUGGGCACUGCACUUAUUCCUGCCAAAUGCUAGCAAUUACUGGUAAAACGGCAACGUUGUUCUGCCAUCUAUUGUACAGUAGAUGCAUAAUGCAUAUAGAGAUGGUAUAACCUAAUCGCCUAUGACGUUAAUAGAGAUGGCUCAAUCGGAAUGUAGUUAAGACUAACCUUGGCUCCAGUUUUGAUCUGUAGUUGUAUAAAAGUAGAUAAAUAAAACUACCGUGUGUGAAUCUUUUAAAUAACUUCUGAUAGUUACGUUCAAUGUGAGCAGUAAGAUUGCAAAUCAAUGAGACCAUACUGAUGCGAUAUACAGCGCCAUCUAUGAAAUAAUAGUCUUAUUGAACAAAGAUAGUUUGCUAGCAAGUAUGUCUGACAGCUCAUUGACAGCCAAUGUCACUAACAUUUUAAAUAUGAUGUAAAUUAGUAAAUAAACAUUUUGCAUUGAUAUUUUGUAAUAGUUUUUUCGUAAAACGUUAAUUUUCGCUUUGAUUUGUCUUCACUUAUUGCGAAGAUGUCUUCUUGCCAGGUGAAAGGUUGUACAAACAACAGAAAGUUUUCAAAGGAAGGAAUUUCAUUCCAUUUAUUCCCCAAGAAAGGCCCAAUGGUCGGAAAAUGGCUUGAGGUCCUUGGGAAGAAACCAGAUGGAUGGAAAUGGACCAAAAACAUGGUUGUAUGCUCCAGACAUUUCACUAAAGAUGAUUUCCGAAGAGGAGCUAGCAGAAUUGUGAUUAAACCCACUGCAGUACCGUCAGUGAAUUUGGAUUUGAAUACUGACGCUCGUAUCGCAGAAUACAUCAAGAACGAAAAAUUACUGUUUUCAGAUGAGGAGGAUGAUGUGGCAUCAAAUUCCGAAGUUUCUGAAGAAGAACCUGAUAAUAAUGGAACAGAAGAUAACAAACCAAAACUGGUAGAAUCGAUGCACAGUUAUGCUCUUACCCCAGAAGAGCUAGAUAAACAAAAUGAGCAGCUUAAACAUGAACUAUCUUAUUACAAGCGUGCUUUGAGUCAAGCCAAAAAACAGAUAAAAGACUUGAAAGAUGAAGUAAGCUCCCUGAAAAGUGCAAUUGGUUAUGUGGAGACAGCAGAGCCUGAAGCCGAAUCUCAAGAAAUUUGUCAGCAAGAUGCUGAGGCACACAAGCCAGAAAAUUUGAAGUGGUGGAAUGUUUCAUCUCUAUGAUUCAAAAAUAAAUAGAUGUGCUGAGAGAAAUGACUUGAGGUGUUAUAGCCAAACUGAAAGGAG